UUCAACACUUUUUUGAUAAGUGGUGAAUAAUAGCCACACAUACAGGGAGAUGUAGAUAGAUAGGAUAACUUUGUGCCAAUUUUAUUUUUUGAUGUGAUAAGAAAAUGUUGAUCACACAAAACCUUGCUACUUGUUCUUCCGCUAAUUUUUCAUAUCUCUUUCUGAAAUAUAGAAAUACAAGAUGUACUAAACAUGCAACAAUUUCAUUUGCAAAAAAGAGAGAAUUUUCUGAGAAUACAGAAGUCCAAGAAAUCUCAAUUUUCUCUCUGAAAAUUCCUAGAAAUUUUCUUGCUCAAGCUGCUGUUGGAAUCUUUGCUCUGGGGUUCAUUGAUGCAGGGUAUAGUGGAGAUUGGUCAAGAAUUGGAGUGAUCUCAAAUGAGAAUGAAGUUUUACUGAAAAUUGCAGCAUUUUUUAUAGUGCCUUUGUGUCUCUUUGUGAUAUUUUCUUUCUCUAAAAAAACUGAGGACUGAAAGGUUUCUAUCCUCCUUUUGUUCCCCCGUGUGUCUGAGCAUAAUACAUGUAAGCACAAAAUUUGGAAGUUCAUUUCUAAAUGAACAAAUUCAUGCAGAUUCAAUUUGUGUCUACAAAUAUCAAAGCCUCUGAUUGUCCUUUACAACUCUUUCCAAAACUACUUAACCAAGGUCUCGGGUAGUCGGGUUUGAGCUCUAGGUAUGGAGUUACCUUUAUUAGGCUGUGUUUUACCCUCGCUGUGGGACUGUGUGCCGCGAAUCCAAAUUUAAUCGUGUACAAUGUGGAUUCUAAAUACCAGGGGAAACCCAAAAGAAAGAUUGGUAUUUAAUACAUUGAUACAAUUUAAUGUAUUAUAGCAAGUUCUCGCUCGAUCUUCCAAGUUAAUGUAUCAAACUUGCUACUGAGAAUUACUAUAUAUUAUCAUAGAUCAAUUUAAAUGUG